AUGGGGAAGGCGCAGUGGUUGAGCGUGGCCUUGGGCUGCGUGGCGGCGGUGACGUGCGUGGCGGCGACGGCGUUGGUGACGAGGCGGGCGGUGGCGCGGUCUCGGUGGAGCAGAGCCGUGGCGGUGGUGCGCGGGUUCGAGGAGGAUUGCGCCACGCCCACGGAGCGGCUGCAGCGGAUCGUCAACUCCCUGUCCGUCGAGAUGUUCGCGGGGCUCGCGUCCGAGGGCGCCAGCAAGGUCCGCAUGCUGCUCACCUGCGUCGACGCGCUCCCCGACGGGAGUGAGGAAGGCAUCUAUUACUCUGUUGAUCUUGGGGGGACAAGCUUUAGAGUCAUGAGACUAGAGCUUGGUUCAGGAUCUAUGGUUAUCAAUAAAAAAGUUGAGCAUCGACCUAUUCCAGAAGACUUGACCAAGGGUACAAGCGAGGAUUUAUUCAAUCUAAUUGCCUUGGCAUUAAAGAACUUUAUUGAAAGAGAGGGUGGGGACGAUGAGGGAAGGGCACUUGGUUUUACAUUUUCCUUCCCUGUCCGACAAGUUUCCAUAUCCUCAGGGUCAUUAAUUAGGUGGACUAAGGAAUUUUCAAUUGAAGAGGCUGUUGGAAAAGAUGUUGCUCAAUGCUUGAAUGAAGCCCUUGUUAGGAAUGGACUAAAUUUGCAGGUCACUGCAUUGGUGAACAAUGCUGUGGGUACAUUGGCCAUGGGGCACUAUUAUGAUGAGGAUACAGUUGCUGCAGUGAUUAUAGGAGCUGGUACCAAUGCUUCCUAUAUUGAACGCAAUGCUGCUAUCGCAAAAUGUCGGGGUCUUCUUACCGAUUCCGACCAAACGGUUGUCAAUGUAGAAUGGGGUAGUUUCCGGUCUCCGCAAGUACCAUUAACUCCUUUUGACAUAUGUUCCAGUGAAGCAGAACGCAAUCACUAUGACCAAGCUUUUGAGAAAAUGAUCUCUGGUGUGUAUCUUGGGGAAAUUGCAAGAUUGGUAUUCCAAAGAAUGGCUCAAGAAUCAGAUUUAUUUGGUUCUUCUGUGAAUUGCUUAUCUACCCCUUUCAUAUUCAGUACACCUUCUCUAGCUGCUAUUCGUGAGGAUGAUUCCCCAGAUCUUAGAGUAGUUGGUAGGGUGCUCGAAGAACAUCUGAAGAUACAAGAUGUUCCACUGAAGACUCGAAGACUUGUUGUUAGAAUAUGUGACAUUGUCACCCGAAGAGCCGCCCGUCUAGCAGCUGCUGGGAUUGUUGCAGUACUACAAAAAAUUGGUCGUGAUGGAACUCUUUGUGGCACCACCUUUGUUCGAAAGAUAAGAGGUGAGCCAAAGAGAUCGGUUGUCGCGAUUGAAGGUGGUCUCUACCAAGGCUAUUCUAUCUUUAGGGAGUAUCUGAACGAAGCAGUGGAUGAGAUCCUAGGGGAUGAUAUCGCCUCCACAGUUAGUCUUAGAGUUAUGGAGGAGGGUUCAGGGAUUGGGGCUGCGCUCCUUGCAGCAUCAUAUUCGUCGACUAGACAAAAUUCUGCUUAA